AAAGCUGUGUCUCAGAUGGAUGUUAGUCCAACACAUCAGACACGACCUCUGCAGCUCUCAGCUGAUGUGCACAUGAAUGAUUUGUGUUUCCUCUGCAGGUGAAGGUAGAAAGUGUGUGUGAGCUGAUGUGAAUUGAGCAGCAUGGAUCAGUGUGAGGACAGAGAGGAGGGAGUCCCUCCCUCUAAAAGCACUCUGUGUGGGGAACAUGAGAGCCAGACCAAAGCUCAGAGGAACCAGCCUGGACCUCCACCCAGCUCUGUGUCCUUACAGAGUGACGGGUCUAAAGGUGUACCCAUUAGUUUUAAAGUCCAGCCUGUGUCUGCUGCAGAGAGAGUGGACCAGCAGAGCUCAGAGGUUCCCAGUAGUCAGUCUGCCCAGCAGCAUCAAACACAGCUGGACUCCAUAUUUAUGCUGCUGGAGGACAACAUGAUCACUUUUGUGAAGAACGAGCUGAAGAAGAUCCAGAAGGCUCUGAAUCCAAAUAAGCCCCAGUGCUUGGAGUUUCAGAGGGAGGAUGAUGAGCAGAGGAUGAGCAGAGAGGCAUUUGUGAAGAUCACAGUGGACUUCCUGAGGAGAAUGAAGCAGGAGGAGCUGGCUGACCGUCUGCAGAGCACUGCAGUUUGUCAUCGUAAGCUUAAAUCCACACUGAAGACGAAGUUCCAGUGUGUGUUUGAGGGCAUCGCUAAAGCAGGAAACCCAACCCUUCUGAAUCAGAUCUACACAGAGCUCUACAUCACAGAGGGAGGGACUGCAGAGGUCAAUGAUGAACAUGAGGUCAGACAGAUUGAAACAACAUCCAGGAAACCAGACAGACCAGAAACAACAAUCAGACAAGAAGACAUCUUUAAAGCCUCACCUGGAAGAGAUGAACCAAUCAGAACAGUGCUGACAAAGGGAGUGGCUGGGAUUGGGAAAACAGUCUUAACACAGAAAUACACCCUGGACUGGGCUGAAGACAAAGCCAACCAGGACAUCCAGUUCAUAUUUCCAUUCACUUUCAGAGAGCUGAAUGUGCUGAAAGAGGAAAAGUUCAGCUUGGUGGAACUUGUUCAUCACUUCUUUACUGAAACCAAAGAAGCAGGAAUCUGCAGCUUUGAAGACUUCCAGGUUGUGUUCAUCUUUGAUGGUCUGGAUGAGUGUCGACUUCCUCUGGACUUCCACAAAACUACAAUCCUAACUGACCCUAGAAAGUCCACCUCAGUGGAUGUGCUGCUGAUAAACCUCAUCAGGGGGAAACUGCUUCCCUCUGCUCGCCUCUGGAUAACCACACGACCUGCAGCAGCCAAUCAGAUCCCUCCACAGUGUGUUGGCAUGGUGACAGAGGUCAGAGGGUUCACUGACCCACAGAAGGAGGAGUACUUCAGGAAGAGAUUCAGAGAUGAGGAGCAGGCCAGCAGGAUCAUCUCCCACAUCAAGACAUCACGAAGCCUCCACAUCAUGUGCCACAUCCCAGUCUUCUGCUGGAUCACUGCUGCAGUUCUGGAGGAUGUGCUGGAAACCAGAGAGGGAGGACAGCUGCCCAAGACCCUGACUGAGAUGUACAUCCACUUCCUGGUGGUUCAGGCCAAAGUGAAGAAGGUCAAGUAUGAUGGAGGAGCUGAGACAGAUCCACACUGGAGUCCAGAGAGCAGGAAGAUGAUGGAGUCUCUGGGAAAACUGGCUUUUGAUCAGCUGCAGAAAGGAAACCUGAUCUUCUAUGAAUCAGACCUGACAGAGUGUGGCAUCGAUAUCAGAGCAGCCUCAGUGUACUCAGGAGUGUUCACACAGAUCUUUAAAGAGGAGAGAGGACUGUACCAGGACAAGGUGUUCUGCUUCAUCCAUCUGAGUGUUCAGGAGUUUCUGGCUGCUCUUCAUGUCCAUCUGACCUUCAUCAACUCUGGACUCAAUCUGCUCGAACAGAAACAAACAACCUCCAAGCGUUUUAGCUUUUUAAGCAAAAAAAAAUCUUUUCACCAGAGUGCUGUGAACAAGGCCUUACAGAGUCCAAAUGGACACCUGGACUUGUUCCUCCGCUUCCUCCUGGGUCUUUCACUGCAGACCAAUCAGACUCUCCUACGAGGUCUGCUGACACAGACAGGAAGUAGCUCACAGACCAAUCAGGAAACAGUCCAGUAUAUCAAGGAGAAGCUAAGUGAGAAUCUGUCUGCAGAGAAAAGCAUCAAUCUGCUCCACUGUCUGAAUGAACUGAAUGAUCGUUCUCUAGUGGAGGAGAUCCAACAAUACAGGACUUCAGGAAGUCUCUCCACAGGUAAACUGUCUCCUGCUCAGUGCUCAGCUCUGACCUUCAUGUUACUGUCAUCAGAAGAAGAUCUGGAUGUGUUUGACCUGAAGAAAUACUCUGCUUCAGAGGAGGCUCUUCUGAGAAUGCUGCCAGUGGUCAAAGCCUCCAACAAAGCUCUGUAA